AUGCUGCGUCCGUUGUCAGCUUGGUUUAUUUUACUUCUGAGGAUUACUAACGCCAAGUCAGGUAGGAAUAAGUUUGAACUUAUUGUCCAGUCUUAUCUUAGUGUGAUAUGACUCUUAAUGGCACCACUGUCGGAUGCCGCUAAUACUAGCUUCUGAUUGGUUUAUAUUAAGUAGAUAUAUUUUAAAUUAUAAGGCCUUAUCUGAUCAAUUAGAGUAAGUAUUGAAAAACGGUCUGCUGCCGCUAAUAUUCGUAUCUGAUUGGUUUACGUCACUUUGAUUUAGUCAAAUGCAAUGACCUAUCUAAUUAAUUGAUCUGUCCAAGAUCGAUCUAGAAAAAGAUAUAGGAUUGAUUGAACAGGUGUGAAAAAAUCUGACUUUGAACAGUUGCCUAGAGGAAUCGAAUGGAAAUUAAAUGCUCGAAAAUAAAAUCGCGCGUUCGUUCUGACGAAGGGCUAAUGCUCGAAACUUCAGCUUUAGAACUCUACGUAACAAAUUCAAAUUAUUAACACAGAUAAUAAAACCAAAUUAUCUUAUAAUACCCUCCACCAAUGCAGCAUAACAGUUUCUUUAGAAACUUCCCGCCUCUAUUAAUGUGGUCGUGUUGUGGCAGACUAAACACGAGGUGGUUGUUCCUUGUAAAUGGUAAGACAAAGGUCAUUUGCUUAUUCACUUAAUGCCACUGAGUUAAGGAUCUUCUCUGUAGGCUUAUGUGUAGCAAGAAUUAUUUGAAAUUCUGUGCGUUUGCGUGAUUUUUUUUUGAGGGGCAAAAUCAGUAAUUGGAGAAUGCUCUCGGAGCAAGGACUUGAAUCGAACAGCAUGUGAAUUCAGGUCUUUGAAGUCGAAUGGGAGUGUAAGGUUCUCGAUGACUGCGUCAUCCUUACUUCCGGGAUGGCGCUUCAAUCAUAUUAUUCAACGAUUUCCAACUUCUUUGGCUGUAACUAUUUCAGUACAGCAUUAGUGAAACAAUUUGGAGGCUUUAGCAAACUUCUCCUCUUCAACUUCUUCUAGGGGCGCCACCAGUCAUAACUGAUUUUCCAUCAAGGGAUUUGAUUAAGCCUGAAGAUGUUCGAUCAGACUCUGGAUUUCGUUUUCCAUGCAAAGCAGUUGGAUCCUUUCCUUUUAAGCACAAAUGGAAACUGAACGGACAGGAAAUUUCGAUUGAUCAUCACUUUAACAUCAUGAAGGACGGGACUCUUACGGGAAGAUAUCUGGAUGAUACUCACAGCGGAAUUUACCAGUGCAUCGUGAAAAACAGAUUCGGUGAGGAUUUCAGCAGAAAGUUGAAAGUUCGUGUUACAGGUUUGUGGCAUCUUUAAGAGUCUCGUUAUUCUGAGUUCUGCACUCAAGCACUGUCCGUAUUAAAAAUCCCGGCAUCUCUGUUUGAUGGAAGUUUCUCGGUUUUGACUUGUCGUUGGACAUCGUUAACUUUUCCCCGGCAAUCUCGCGCCCAGGCCGUCAUUUCGGGAAUGGACUUGUAACCAGUGCAUCACGGUAAUUGAAUAUCCGGGAAAUCGUACCCUGAGGCCGCAUGAUAUUUAUCUCACUUUGGGGCUGCGUUCCCGAAUGUGGGCCUGCGCAGUGUAACACCAUGUCCCCAUGUAUGGAGUUGUGUAAGUGCAUCUUUGUGAUAUUCCCUGACUGUAUCACUUUUAGGCCGCGUUUACGGCUGGAGACUUGUACAUUUGCCUUUGAAUCAAUGCUUGUCACACCCUUGAAUAUCUCAAAGAAAGGUCGCGUCACCAAUGAUGGACUUAUGUCAGUGUCAUUGACUUUGCCCGAAAUAUGCUGAAUAAAGCUUAAAUUCUUGGGGACGGCCUUGCAUCAGUGUAUCACCUACUUCGAACAAGUAAUCUUGAUUUUAGGCGCCGUCCAUUGGUGUGAACUUCAGUCAGUCAGAGUUUCUCUUUAUUUUUCACUUUUUAUCUCUCUCGACAAGUCAACCCAAGUACCGUUUAAAUGAUCAAAUUCAAAUUAAGCGUGAAUCAAGGGGAGUGCCAACCAUCAGUUGAAAGCAUCCCCAAAGUCUGUUAACUAUUCCAAGUAAACGAGAAAAGAAAGUCCUGGAAUCAUGCGUUAUCUGCAGUAAUGAUGGCAUUGUAGUUAAUACUGAUUUAUUCUGAUCAAAUUUUCUCCAUGUACAUGUACGUUUAUUCUUCCAGUCGCCGGCCAAUUUCACUACGAUAACGACAAGAACGCCCCUGUCACCCUUGGAAAACCUAUUGAAAUUCCUUGUCCAAACCACGACCCUAGUUUUGGUGUAAGCUACCGCUGGGGUUUUUAUGACUCUUCCGACCCCAGCGCGUUCUAUCCUCUUCCUGAGGACAACCGUACAGCAAUGACGAUGGAUGGAACACUUGUGAUUAUGUUUGUGACGAAAGCAGACGUUAAGAAAGUGAAUGGCAUAAAUGGAGUAGCUUGCGAGAUGUCCACGAGUGACGAAGAAAGAUACUCACAUGUGGUGAAAUUUCAACUUACUGGAAAAGGUAUGAACUUUAUGUGUUUAGCUCUUUUUUCUCCAUACUGUUCUCUAUACAUUUCUUAUGGUAUUGACAAGGAGAAAGUGUUAACCAAUCAAAGCCUCUUGAACUGGUGAUCGUCUCCUUUAUUCUUGUGAUCUUAUUGUUUUAUUCAGUGGUGCUGCGGUAAGGAGAAAUUAGAAGCCAAUCGCUCUUUGAGGUUAAAGGUUUAAAUUUCACUCUUAAUUUAAAUGGAAGAAUCGGGUGAAUUUUCCAUCGGGAAAGGGGAGGGGAGAGAGAGAGAGAGGGGGGAGGGAGGGGUUACACCAGCUUACCGGCACUAAGUGUGCCACACCAUUUUAUCAUAAUUAUAACAUCACUUCUUAUCUACAAAGGGUAACGUGGAAUUCACUACAGACACCUUUCUUAGCUACACGUACACCCAGCUGGUUUCACCUGUAUUGAAAACAAAAAAAGUAAAGAAAAAAAAACAUAUUAAAUUGCCGUUCUUGAGGGUGUUUCUUGCAAACUGAGCGAUCUUGUUCCUUUUUACCUUUGAGAAGCAUUCGUUCAAGACAUUUUUGUAUUCACUAGUAAGGUUCGUCAGUUCUUACGUGGUUGAGAGUUUACAGAGUUGCUAUAGAAUCUUAGCAACUGCGUCAAUUCCAUGUACCUGCCCCUUACUUUUUAAUAUUUCAAUUGCCAUUGAUAUUCUCUUUGAUUAAGAAUAGUCAGCUUAACUGUCCCCUUCAGUAUUUCUUUGAAAGCCAAUAAACCAGAGCUACGCCCAAAAGGAUCAAAGAAGCAUGUCAAUGGUUGACCCUCUGUUUCUUGAAUUUCACUGCUUAAUGUUUAAUUAAUUUUUCUUUUGUAUUAUUUUUUUGUUGUUAUUUUUGUUGUUGUUCCUAGAAUCAACCGAAAAGAUUCCACCAGUUAUUUAUUUUGCACCGAAGCCCCUUGAAGAAGCCAGAGAAGGAUAUCCGAAGAAACUUUAUUGUUUGGCUGUAGCAAAGUAAGAACAUGUCACCAGAUUAAUUUUUGUAUAAGUAAUAAUUAAUGUAUUUUACCAGUUAUUAACUUUAUCGUCUGCAUAAAUGUUUAUUGCACACUCCAAAGAAGGAAAAAAUCGAUUUCAUCGACCAAUAUUCAAGUUAAACACUUUUGUUGCUAUACCGUCGGGAUUGAAAACAUUUUUUUCAGGCUCUCUGUUCUCGUCGUGAAGUGUCUUAUCAUGGAGGGAUUUCUGAAGAAAGCGAGAUAACUCGAAUCUUAGUCAACCGCUCAAACAUAAUAAUGAAAAUGUAAAGUAAAUAUCAUCCAAUUUUGAAUUAUUUCAGUGACCAACUCUUCUAAACUUCUGCCCGUACAUAAACUUGACAAAAUUAUGUAAAAAAAGGAUUAUAAAAAUUCUUCCUUGAGGAAGUAAACCAACGAUCGUUUCUUAACAAUGACAAAGCAUGCGGAUGCUGUGGUCUCCGCAGCUCCUCUUCGACUAUGAUCGGACUAUGAGUUUGCUAUUUCGAGUUGUCUUGUCGUUUUAACUAGCACUAAUAUCAGCAUUAGUCAACAGAAAUUGCUUGUAUUUUGUGUUUGUCUGUUCUUGCUAAUUUGUGCGCUUAAAACAUGAGAUAGAUGCAGAAUGGCUGCGUCAUCAAAAGAUUGAAAUUGUAUUUGCAGACGUUUCGUAAGCAUUGGAGGAGAAGGCGUAACGUAUGCCUAAUAUUGAAGACAACGAUUAAUCAACAUCUAUUUUGUUAUAGCAAAUCAAAGUCAUCAUCUAUUCUGCCGGGAGUCGAUCAUUUGCCGCGCAAAGUGACAAACGAGCGUCGCUUCGGAAUCAGCUGAUACAGGGAGAUUGCGCGGCGCAUAUCGUUAUAUUCUCGGGUAGCGUUACCACUUGCUUUUCUUCUAUCUCAAGGCCACCACCCAAAAUCAUAUGGUGGAAAGAUGGCAAAAAGAUUUACGACGACGACAAUGAGUAUCAUCUUCCGAGAGAACAUUUCAACAGGCUUUUGUUCAUCGACGAAGUUUCUAAGGAACAUCAGGGGAAUUAUACAUGUACAGCGGUUUCCGCGUCUGAGAUGGAGCGUGUGUCGGCCUCCACCUACCUCACAGUGAAAGGUCUGUUUUGAAGUCGUUUGUUGCUAUUAAUGAGAGGCAAACCUGUUCCAUUUUCAGAUAUAUUAUCUGAGUCAAUAAAACCCAUGAACUAAACAAUUCUUAGAAAACGAGCCCAAUCACAAGUUUAAAUAUCAGGCACGUCUCCAAGAUUUUGAUGAAUAGUAUAACUAAAACCUCUGCCUGGUAAACGUCUAGCUACACAGGAAUAACACCUACGGCAAACGUCGGGCUAACGUAAAUGAUCAGUUUAUAACAAGUUUUCUUUGCGUUCAAUUUUUACCCAGCGACUGUUGAUUUUGGGGUCAUUCACAAAACACUUUAUCAAUCCUGCUAUAGGAUUUACGGAGUAACUACGAUGGAAGUUACGUGACCCGACCCAAACCUCACUCUGCCGCUACUAUCGCGCUGUUUACUAUUUCGCUUCGUUUACCUAUUUGAAAGUCUGGAACAGGUUAGAAUCACCUCUGAAUAGGCAAAUUUUUGUAAGUCCACUCCUUCUUCUCGUUAAUGAGAAGUAGUGGUAACAACUGUUUUCAUCGUUGUUUAGAAUAAAUUGCUUAAAUAAAUUAAGUAUUUUCUUUCAUUUCUUUACUUAUUUUCUUAAUUCCAAUUGCAGCCUCUCCCGAAUGGAAAGUCAGAUUUCAUCGGAAAAUCCAAGUACAGAGAUCAAAAAACUUAUCCGUGAUGUUGAUCGCAGAUGGUGUCCCAAGUCCUAGCUAUCGAUGGUUCAGAAAUGGACAAGAAAUUAACGCUUCAGAGUAAGGGAAAUGACUUCAAAAUUUUUCCUUGAUGAUUGACUGCAUUUGAUAUGUUUAAACCAGUUUUAUUUUUGUUCUCAUAUCUGAGCAGCUCUCGGGUGAAAAUAGAGAAGAACAAAUUACAUCUGAUUCACGUGGAGAGCUGGCACAACGCUGUGUUUCAGUGUGUUGCAGAGAAUGAUCAAGGAAUGAAUGUGUCGUCUGUUUGGGUUGAAGUUGAGGGUAAGUAUAACACUCUUCUCCUAGUUUCUUCCGUGUUGUAGUCUUGAAACACACGUUGAUAGACGCGCUUCAUCAACUUUCUAUUGCGUUAUUCAACAAAUAAAGGAGCCUCGAGUGUGCUCUUUUCUGUUGUAAAGCACACAGGAAGCUGCUAGAGAAUGAAAUAAGAGUAACAGAAACACAAGACUUAUGAGGGAAAAAUUUAUUUCUUUUUUUUUUUAAAUUUCAUCAGACUCGCCAACCAGCCUUGCCCCAAGUUCAAGACGCGGAUUCUUCUCAGAUAAUGCAUUGUGGAUCAUUUUAACUGCUGUCCUAGGAGUACUUUUAAUUGUGGCAAUUAUUAUUAUCAUAUUUUUUAUAAACGAAGAAAAGCGAGAGGAAAUGAAGGUGGGUUGUUCUUUAAGUAAAACAUUUUUAAGUUAAAUUUCUAAGGCUGAUUCAUGCCAAAUUUCAAAACGUUUUGAGUUGAUGAAGUUUCUUUUUCAAAGACAUCUGUGGCAAGGCCUAUAUAUUUAAGGGAGACGAAGGAAUCUUUGAUUUACUGUAUAACAUUUGACUAAGUAUGCUCAACAAUUGCUAUCUGGUAUGACACAUAAUUAUUUUGUCAUCUUUAAGAGAGAUCAGAUGCUACGGACGAAACUCCACAAUACCUGGAUGUACGUCAAAAUAACUCAUCCGUACCUCGGACGAAUCCGACAGAAGUUGCGGGAGGAAAAGGAGCAAGAAGACGUGCUACUCUCCCUCCCCUCCCCCAGUAUCAAGCCCUUGACCCAACAACUGCGGCAAUACCAAGUUAUGAACCAAUAG